ACCGCCGUGGAGGUAGGAAGGCUGAGGAAACGCCAAGGAUUUUUGCGUCUAAUAACAAUGUAAAAAACCUGGGUGAUAUCUCUACCUAAUUCCAUCUGGACAACAGUGGAUGUUUCUUGUUAACUUUUUCUCCUGGACAAGUUGAAUCAAAUAAAUCAUGGUUUUAAGUGCGCAUCUCUCCUUAGAGCGCGCAGUACGCACUGCCGUUUUGGCACUGCUGCUUUGCGCACAGGCCGGUUUGGGCUUCUCAGUCGCCGGACAGCAGGAGAGCACCUGCGAGGCCAACGGCAGCAUAUACUUCUUGGGAGAAUGGUACUUUCUGGACUCUGAUCACUGCACCCAGUGUGAAUGCACCACUGAGGGCUCCGCGUGUUCCCGCACUGAGUGCACCUCUCUCCCGGCUGCGUGUAUCCAUGUCAGCCACUACCCCACCGACUGCUGCCCCAGGUGCGAGAAGAUCGGGUGUGAGUACCGAGGGGUGGUGUACGAGCUGGGACAAAACUUCCAGCCAUCAGAGUGUGAGCAGUGCACUUGUGACAGUGACGGCAUCGCCCGCUGUCUAGUUGCAGAUUGUGCGCCUCCACCAUGUGUCAACCCUGUCUACCAGCCUGGCAAAUGCUGCCCUGAAUGCAGGGAGGGUCCCAACUGCUACGUCGAUGCAUCACGCAGCCAGGUGAUUCCUGCAGGAGCGCCCUUCUGGGUCGAUUCCUGCACCAAGUGUCGCUGUCACGAUGGUCAGGAUGCCGGCUACUGGGAGGGAAACCGUCUCGCCAGCUGUUCCCGCCUCAAAAACUGUACGCCUGAACAAGCUUCCACCAAGAUAAACUGAUUCAGUCUGUCAGCGGAAAACCAGCUGUUACCCUAAAAUACACGAUCCCUGAUGGCUGAUCAUCUACACGCCCUCACUCUCUAAGAACUGAACCCUCCUGUGCAGCUGAAAAUGGAUAACUUGCAACUUCAAAAAUUCCACAAAACUUAAUAAGAACCAAAGAAAUCUGUUUAAAAACAGCAUACGCCAUCAGAACAAAGCAGCUGCCAUUCCACAAGGACUUUUCAUCCAAGAUUUUUACAUCAGUGAUGAGACUGAGUUUGUCAUUUUGGUGGACAAGGCUGGUCCUUAUCAGGCCUUAGCUGUAUAUUACAAACAGGGUCGGAUUUACAGACCGAUCAAAGCUCCGGGUUCACUGCACGUCAGUGGCAAUUUGAUUAACUUUAUCAUUUUUACCUUAUAUUGUGCUUCCAUGGUGCGUAUACCCAAAUAUUGCCUUCUUUAAUCACAUGACCACAAACUAACUGAGGCACAGACACCCUGUGGUCACGUACAAAAUGUAUAGUAGUUGUUUGGUGGAGGAUUAAUAGGCUGCCUUAUAUGGUUAUCCAGCCAUUCAGUGUGUAGAGGAACAGAUCAGACUUUAUUCCACUAUUGCUGAGAAGAUACGUAGAGUAGUCCUCAAAAACAAUAAAAACAGCAGACAUUUUUACACAAAGAUCGUGCUACGGGCCGCUACAAAGUCCCUUCCUUACGUUUUUACACAGAACCAAAUGACAGCAGCAUCAUCCUGCUCCAGUGUGUGAUUUUAGACAGCAUGCCAGCAUUGCGUAACCAGAAGAGGUGUGACGUCUAAUGCAUCAGCCUCUAGUGUGACAUGUAACAUACGUGUCGGCAGCCCUCUCUAAAGAAUAAUAAUGGCAUAACAUGUCAAUAACAAUUAUUUAUUUGCAAAUUUAUGCUGUUUGACUUCCGAGUCAAAGCACGGCACAGGGACUAUGAAGCAUGUGCAAAACGCCUAGGCCAGUUCAGGUCUUGUUAGGGUACAUACAUUAAAGAGUUAAUCAACCCCCAACCACACUGACUUUGAGAAAUUCGACUUAGUGCAAUUUUAAUCAGACUAACAUGUUUACAUGUAUUUUACAUGUAUAAUAAUUCGACUUUUUCUACCAUCACGUAAACGUACUUAUUAUUAUCACAAUUUGUGGACAUUUACAGCUGCUGUUCUUCUUUUUUCACUUAGCUGCUAACUGCUACUAGCUGCUUUUUAAAUCUCCCGUAGUGGGGCGCACACAUAACAUCAAAACAUCACACCCAUCAUGCCCAUAGUCCCAUCGUGCCGAUUGUCUCUUUAAAUCGCCCUCUCUUUGGCGCUGUUACUACCUCAGUUGCCAGCUUCAAGGCAAGGCAACCAUCCUGCAGUUCUACCUUUUAUACAGUAUGACGAGUACGCAUAACAACGUACUAUUCCUGCCUUGAACAUUAGUAAAAAGGGCUAGUGAAAUUAAAGAUAAAACAUGAUUAAAAGUCUUUCAAUUUAAUAGUAUGGACUGCAGUGAUGUAAAAUGAUGUUUUUGAUUAACAGGGCCUCAAAUACUAUCAAUCCUGGAGCGUAAGGACUGUACUUCUACAGAAAUAUCCUUAAUUAAACAAAUCUGACGGGAAACGUGACCUUUGAAGUGAGACCACACUGUAGAUAUUUACCAUUUUAUAUCUUAUCUUACUGUAUACACUUUCUUCCAGAAGUUUAUGUUUUAAGGGGAGAAAAGUGAACUUUUACAGAAGCCAGUUACCCAGAAGGCAUAUUUCUUAUUCCGAGACACCUGCUUUGGGAAACAACUGGCAACAUAACAAAGCCAAUGAGAUUAUUGGAUGAUAAGAAACUGUAAUUGACCUGUCACGGGUUGAUGCACCAGCCAAAUGUAUGCACAGCUGUGAUGAAAUUUAGACUAGGAAAUGGCUUGGCAAAGCAAUUAUCAAUUUGUAACUGUCCUAUAAAUUCUGCAGUUCAAUUUCCAGGCUAAUUGAAAUAUAAUGUAUGAGACUAUGGCCAAACACAUGACUGUACAGUAGUUGUAGACAUGAGCGGUAUUUGGAAACAAGGUCGUUAUUUUUGUAUGUACACUGUAGAGCAGGAAAAAACAAUCUGUAGUUAACUGCCUUAUUCAUUUUUCACUACCACGAAUGUGUAGCAAUGUAGAAACGGCCUUUCUUAUUAUUCCCACCAUUAGCAAAGUGUACAGACUGUACUGUCAUUUUACAUGCAGCAGAUCUUCCUACUGUUACUCGUCAUUAUCUACCGCUUUUAUCAUGAGGGAACUUUGAAUGAAAACCAAAAAUAAUCUUGUCUUGUUGUAUGUUUAUGUGCAGUGUGGGAGCCUAUAAUAGCAUUUACUUUAUAUAUAAGGCUCCCAAGCUGCUGCUGCAUUAAGUAUAUUAUUACACCUGACACGUUUCACUGCCUUGAUUCUCCCUCAAAAGCUCCUUUAUGCAACGUUUGGGAUUAAGUUGAAACUUUAAGGGUUAUGAACACCUUUUAAAUUGUAAUUUGUCAGGAGACUUCAUGAAUGAAUACACUCUGUAUUUACAUUUUCUUGAGGGAGUUUGAGUCAAAGCACUGUAGAAACAGGUCCAGCAACACGAGAGUACCUUAACCACCUCUGAAUCGACAACACAGUAGGAUAGGACCAUAGACUGUGUAUAAAGAUGGAUGACGCCCCUCCACUUACCCUUACCCAUUACGCUUAAAUGACAUUAAAAUAUCCGAGAUACAGGCUUUGCCAUCGUGCAAAGGUCAAGUCGUUGAAAGUCGCAGUCUGCACAGUAUUGAUAUCCACGGUGACGUCAGAGUGAUUAGAACUACCUUCAGUGACAGAAAUCUUCUUUGGGAAAAACCUUCUUUGCGAACCGGGGUGCUUAAUGUCAUUUAUGUCACAUGUACCAAAUCACAUCCUCUGGCACACAGAAACUAUGCAUAAGCCCUUAGAAGAAAUAGGUGCAGGGGGAAAGAGCUAGCCAGCCCGCCUCUGUCCAGCGGUAACACAGUUAUCCAUAUGACAUCAAAGUGGUUCCUAAUGUGUAAUACAACUCUUAUCAAUAAAGCCCCAAAUGUCAAACUUUUCCUUUUACUGGAGUUUCAAUGUGCUGCCAAAAAUAAAAGGGAACUGAUAAGAAUCACACCCACAAAUCAUGUAGUGUUAUGCUGGUAAUAUACAUCAGCAUCUUAAAAAUGUUCUAAAUGAAAACUCCUUUCCAUGUCCAUUAAAAUUCUCUCACUUUUUGUUUUCUCUUGA